AUGGCUACAUCGAUCGUCACACCAUCAGAAAAAAAACAUUGUGACACAAGUAGAGUCAGUUUUAAAGUCAGUCAGUCUGAUGAGAAUAAUACUCACGAUGCAUCCAAAGUCAGUUUUUAUGAUGAGGUCUUGUCAAAAGCUGACCCAAAAUUUUUAAUCCCCAUAAGAAGAUGGGAGAAGCGAAUAGGUUUUGUUACCCCUUUAGUGUGGAAAAAUAUCUUAUUAAUAACAUCAUUUCAAGUCGCAUUAUUUGUCUAUUUCACUUACGCCAUAUUUCGUUACGGCUUUCCUAAGUGGGAAACUGUUUUAUUUACAUGUCUCUGUGGUGUUAUGGGAGGUUUCGGCGUAACUGCAGGUGCACAUCGUUACUGGACACAUCGCUCUUUUAAAGCUAAGCUUCCGCUACAAAUAUUACUAAUGAUAUCUUACUCAAUGGCUGGGCAGAACAGUAUCCCCAACUGGGUACGAGAUCACCGAGUGCAUCACAAAAUGUCGGAAACUUCAGCUGAUCCACACGACGCCAAUAGAGGCUUCUUCUUCUCACACGUGGGCUGGCUGAUGAUGAGGAAACAUCCACAUGUUAUACGAGAAGGCAACAAAAUCGACAUGAGUGAUAUUUUAAACGAUCCACUGGUUAAAUUUCACACCAAGUACUUUAGCAUUUUCAAAAUGUUACUUUGUUUUAUAAUACCAAUGGUUAUACCAAGCUAUUUUUGGGGUGAGCCAUGGCAAAUAAGUGUGGAAAGCGUAUUAGUUCGUUAUAUGCUUAACUUACAUUUUACCUGGUCAGUUAAUAGUUUUGCACAUUUAUGGGGAAAUAAGCCAUAUGAUGCACAUAUAAUGCCUUCAGAAAACUGGAAAGUAUCUUUUGUGGCACUGGGAGAAGGCUGGCACAAUUAUCACCACACAUUUCCGUGGGAUUAUAAAGCGUCAGAGCUCGCUUAUUUUAUAAAUUUGACGACAUUUUUAAUUGAUGGUUUUGCACUAAUCGGUUGGGCGUAUGACUUAAAGAAAGCAUCGCCUUUUCUAAUAAAAAGCGUAAUAAAAAAUAAAGGGCCUAAUAAACAUAUUCAUUGA